AUGGCCGACUUUUCGCAUUAUGGAGGCGUAUCGUCGGAUUGGGAACGAGUUAUAGCUUCGAUACCUCCAGAGCAGCUUGCAGGUGCAAUACCUGUCGCGAUGACUCUCGAUGAAUCGUUCCUGCUCAAGAUACAGGAAAAGACAAAUCGUGAAAGGGCUUCUCGUGCGCGAAGUGCUCUGAAAGAUCUGGAGACGGUCGCAGUGAAUGAUUACACCUGCGCCACAAUUGACAAUGGAAAUGUGCCAAUCCGUGUCUAUCGACCUGCCUUGGAUCAGAAGAACAGGGCAUUGCCCGUUUAUAUCUGGUUCCACGGAGGUGGCUUUCUCUUUGGCUCACUCGACGGAGAGGACGCCCACUGUACUCAGAUUGUACUUGAUCAUGCUGUUAUUGUUGUCAACAUCUGUUACAGACAUACUCCACAGUGGAAAUGGCCCACUCAGCAUCACGAUGCAAUGAAGGCCGUCGACUGGGUCUUUGAAAACAUGCCAAUGCUUGGUGGAGAAGCGACCAAGGUCAUUGUUGCGGGCCGAUCCGCCGGUGCUCUUGUAGCCGCUAGCACGGUGCUUGGUGACUUGACGGCUGUAAGUCUUGUUGCAUGGCACCAGCGAUUCUGUGGACAAAUCCUUGACAUCCCCUGGCUGUGCCACUCAGCUGCUUUUCCCUACGAACUGAUUGCCCAAGGGAAAGACUCGUAUUCUGAAAACCUCACAGCACCAAUCCUGCCAAAGGGCCUUCUUCACCGGUUUGAGACGCUGAUAGCUCCGAACCCGCUAGAUUCGACGUUCAGUAUCCUUCUCGCUGGAGAGAAAGAAGUUACAGGCUUGCCCUCCACCCAUUUUCAUGUCGCAGGGCGAGACAUGCUAAGGGAUCAAGGCAUUCUUUAUCAGCAAAAAUUACAGCAAUGCGGGGUUUCAACAACGAUCAAUAUAUACCCUGGAGUGCCGCACGGGUUCAUGUAUUUCACUAAUCUGGAAGCAAGCCAGCAGUGGGCCAGAGACCAUCGCGAGGCUGUACGUCGGUUGCUCAAUGAGUAA